AUGACUGCAGGUCCUACAAGUAGCGGGAAAACUGUACUAAUACGCAAUAUACUAGAACAUUACAGGAAAUCAUUAUAUUUUGAAACUACACCUACAGUGUUAAAAGUCAUGUGGGCUUACGGUCAGUGGCAAAACUUGUAUGAAAAACCUAUAAAUAAUUGUGACGUAAAAUAUAUAGAAGGUCUACCUUCCGAAGAUGACGUCAAAGAGUAUGGACCUCAUAUUAUUAUAGUUGAUGAUCUUAUGACAGAGUUAGCUUUAAGAACAGAUAAAGGUAAAGAGUUUAUUAAUAGCGAUUUACAAAAAUUACUGAAAGAGCUAAACAUUAACUACUUCACAUCUAAUGAUCAUCGAAUUAAAUGUGCUAUUGUUGAGCGUUUUAACCGUACACUUAAAACACGUAUGUUUAAGUAUUUUACUGCCAAAGGUACACGUAAAUAUAUUGACGUCAUUAAGGAUUUUGUUGACACAUAUAAUUCAUCAUAUCAUCGAUCAAUUAAAAUGCGCCCAAUAGAUGUCUCUACUACUAAUGAAAAACUUGUGUAUAACAACCUGUUCUCUAAAACUAAAUUAACCCCAAACAAAAUAAAUACUGGUGAUAAAGUAAGACGAGUAUAUGACAUGAAAGCAUUUGAUAAAGGAUAUUACCCUAGUUGGACAGACCAAAUAUUUACUGUUGAAAAUACUAUAAAAGGUGAUAAACAGUAUGUUUUUAAGCUAAGAGAUGAACAGGGAAAUAUACUUGAGCAGCGCUUUUAUCCCCAGGAAUUGCAACAAAUUACUGAUAAUCUGUACAGAAUUGAAAAAGUUAUUAAAAAACGUAAACGCCGUGGAAAAACUGAAUACUUUGUAAAGUGGUUAAACUAUCCGGAAAGCUAUAAUAGUUGGACAGAUAAUAUUGAAAAUGUUUCGUAA